GUCUCGGGAGGUGACCGGGACGCGCCCGCCACCGGCGCCUGCGGCCCCGGGAGCGCCUCUGCCCCGGAGCGCCCUCGGCCCGGCCCGGCCCGGCCCGGCCCGGCCCGGCAUGGCGGACUCGCACGGGAGGCGGCCGUCGCGGCGCUCCUCCCGGGCUGCCAGCGGCAGCGCCUGCGGCUGGGCGCUGCCCACGGCGCUGCUCUGCGCCUACGGCUUCUUCUGCAGCGUGCGGCCGUCGGAGCCCUUCCUCACUCGAUACUUGUUGGGGCACAAGAACCUUUCCGAGACCCAGGUGUUCAACGAGAUUUACCCGGUGUGGACUUACUCCUACCUGGCGCUGCUCUUCCCCGUGUUCCUGGCCACGGACUACCUGCGGUACAAACCUGUGGUCCUGCUGCAGGGCCUGAGCCUCAUCGUCACCUGGUUCAUGCUGCUGUACGCCCAGGGGCUGUGGGCUUUCCAGUUCCUUGAGUUCUUCUACGGGAUGGGGACUGCCACCGACAUCGCCUAUUAUUCCUACAUCUACAGUGUCGUCGAUAUCAACCUGUACCAGCAGGUCACCAGCUACUGCCGAAGUGCCACCCUGGUGGGCUACACAGUGGGCUCGGUGUCUGGGCAGGUCCUUGUGUCAGUGGCGGGAUGGUCCCUCUUCAGCUUGAACGUUGUUUCCUUAACCAGCAUAUCCAUUGCCUUUGCCACGGCGUGGUUCCUGCCCAUGCCACAAAAAAGCCUUUUCUUUCACCACCUCUCAAGUCAGCGGCUUAGUUGUGAAAUGAAGGUCAUGGACUGUAAAAAUGGAGCAGCUGUCCAAGAUCAUCCCGAUGUGCAGAGGGCACCUGGCUGGGAGGAUGAGACAAAAGUUCCCUUAAAUGGGGAGGGUCAUUCAGCAGAGAAACAGUCUACGCAGAAGCAGAAAGUAGACAUCGCAAAGGUGCUCAAAGACCUCUGGCAGGACUUCCUGCAGUGCUACUCCUCUAGGACUAUGCUGUGCUGGUCUGUGUGGUGGGCACUGUCCACCUGUGGCUACUUUCAGGUCAUCAACUACGCUCAGGGCCUGUGGGAGAUGGUGCUGCCUUCUCACAGCGCGGACAUCUACAAUGGUGCUGUGGAGGCAGCCUCGACACUCCUGGGAGCUGUUGCAGUCGUUGUUGUGGGUCACAUAAAAACAUCCUGGGCAAAGUGGGGUGAAGUGGCACUUGCCCUGUUCUCCUUUCUUAUUGCUGCUGCUGUGUAUGUCAUGGACACUGUUCGUAACAUCUGGGUGUGCUAUGCAUCCUAUGUCAUCUUCAGAAUCAUCUACAUGAUGCUAAUCACAAUAGCAACGUUCCAGAUUGCUACAAAUCUCAGUGUGGAGCGGUAUGCCCUGGUGUUUGGGGUCAAUACUUUCAUUGCCUUAGCACUUCAGACUCUCCUCACUGUGAUUGUUGUGGAUGCCAGUGGGCUUGGCUUGGAUAUCUUCACCCAGUUCAUGAUUUAUGCCUCUUACUUUGCGGCCAUCUCACUGGUGUUCUUGGUCAGUGGCAUCUGCAAUAUUGUGGGAGCUUACAGAAGACAAGAGCAGGCACAAAGCAGAUCUCCUGAAAGCCAGUAGUGCACUAAGCAAAGACUCUUGGUGACUACAUAUGAAGAUAUAGGCCCACAAGGUAUGGAAGCCACACCUAGAUGUCAUUCAGGUUCUGAGCUCUGCUGUUGCUGUGGUGAUGAUGAUAGGAGCUGUAUGCAGAGUUAACAGUCAUGCCUAGGAAAAUCUGUAACCAUGUGGAUGUUGUUGGUUUCUAAUUAAACAGGUAUUUUUGUUAAAUAAAAAUACUCUGAGCUA